CUGUAAGUUACUUCAAAAAAGUUCCCCAGAUCUACCAACAUGCAGAUCUUCGUUAAGACCUUAACAGGGAAAACUAUUACUCUUGAAGUUGAAGCUUCUGACACAAUAGAGAAUGUGAAAGCUAAGAUCCAAGACAAAGAAGGUAUUCCUCCAGACCAGCAGCGUUUGAUCUUUGCUGGCAAACAGCUAGAAGAUGGAAGAACUCUUUCAGAUUAUAACAUUCAGAAAGAGUCCACGCUCCAUUUAGUAUUGAGACUUCGCGGAGGAAUGCAGAUCUUUGUAAAAACACUUACUGGAAAAACCAUUACCUUGGAAGUUGAAGCAUCUGACACAAUAGAGAAUGUUAAGGCUAAAAUUCAGGACAAAGAGGGUAUUCCUCCAGACCAGCAGCGUUUGAUCUUUGCUGGCAAACAACUAGAAGAUGGAAGAACUCUUUCAGAUUAUAACAUUCAGAAAGAGUCCACGCUCCAUUUAGUAUUGAGACUUCGCGGAGGAAUGCAGAUCUUUGUCAAAACACUUACUGGUAAAACCAUUACCUUGGAAGUAGAAGCUUCUGACACAAUAGAGAAUGUGAAGGCUAAGAUCCAAGACAAAGAGGGUAUUCCUCCAGACCAGCAGCGUUUGAUCUUUGCUGGCAAACAACUAGAAGAUGGAAGAACUCUUUCAGAUUAUAACAUUCAGAAAGAGUCCACGCUCCAUUUAGUAUUGAGACUUCGCGGAGGAAUGCAGAUCUUUGUCAAAACACUUACUGGUAAAACCAUUACCUUGGAAGUAGAAGCUUCUGACACAAUAGAGAAUGUGAAGGCUAAGAUCCAAGACAAAGAGGGUAUUCCUCCAGACCAGCAGCGUUUGAUCUUUGCUGGCAAACAACUAGAAGAUGGAAGAACUCUUUCAGAUUAUAACAUCCAGAAAGAGUCCACGCUCCAUUUAGUAUUGAGACUUCGCGGAGGAAUGCAGAUCUUUGUCAAAACACUUACUGGUAAAACCAUUACCUUGGAAGUAGAAGCUUCUGACACAAUAGAGAAUGUGAAGGCUAAGAUCCAAGACAAAGAGGGUAUUCCUCCAGACCAGCAGCGUUUGAUCUUUGCUGGCAAACAACUAGAAGAUGGAAGAACUCUUUCAGAUUAUAACAUCCAGAAAGAGUCCACACUCCAUUUAGUAUUGAGACUUCGUGGAGGAAGCCAUUUAGUGUUGAGACUCCGCGGAGGAAUGCAGAUCUUUGUAAAAACACUUACUGGAAAAACCAUCACCUUGGAAGUUGAAGCAUCUGACACAAUAGAGAAUGUUAAGGCUAAAAUUCAGGACAAAGAGGGUAUUCCUCCAGACCAGCAGCGUUUGAUCUUUGCUGGCAAACAGCUAGAAGAUGGAAGAACUCUUUCAGAUUAUAACAUCCAGAAAGAGUCCACACUCCAUUUAGUAUUGAGACUUCGUGGAGGAAGUUCCAAGCUAUUUUAAGAGUACAAUCUAUCGGAAAUGUUUAGUAAAAUUGGUAGUAUUGAUAGAGUUAUUUUACUUUACUUUUUUUAUGCUUAUUUCAUAUUUAGCACUGCUUCUAUAAACUUAUUAAUGUGUAAUAUCAAAAAGGACAAAUUGUAACUAUGCAAUUGCAUACGUAUAUUUACACAUUCUUGUAAUGCAAUUUUGUUCAUUAAAUAUUUACUAAUAUAUUUCUGGUAUAGAGA